AUGGAAUGUAUUAUGGAAACUGUAUAAAAAAGGAAUACAUUGAUAAAAAUUUCAAGAAUUAUAUUUACAAUAAAAAGUUAUAAUUAUAAUUAUCUAUUAGCACUCUUUACGGAUUGUGAUGAUCGAAUGAUAAACGAAAUCAAAAAGAAUAAAUAAAUUAAUAAUACAUCUAACUCUAAACAUUGUUAUCAUAGGGAUGGCAGAAGCAGCUAAAAAUUAUUGUAGAGCUUCUUAUAAAAUUGGAAAAGAAAUAAUUGAUAAAGGUUUAGAUAAAGUAAGAAAUAAGUCAAAAGUGUUGGCAAACUAUUAAUUCAUUAUCACUUCUGCCUUAAGCGUUAGCUUAUACUUCUAUGCUUUUGGAAAAUAUCUCUGUUGAAUAUGGAGUAAAGGCUGAAAAAUGCCUUCUUAAUAUACCCUUCUCAAGAAAUAUCCAAUAAUAUAGUGGAUACCUAUAAUGCUGUUUUAGCCACUCAUAUGACUUAAGAUUAUUUGUGACUCUUUAAUAAUGCUUGAUAACCAAUUAAUGUCUAAAUCUAUAGGUUUACAGAUUGGUUUGGAUUAUGUUGAUUAUACUCACUUAA